AUGUCAUUGAGUGAGGUGGCUGCUCUUCGUAAGGCAACUCUUCGUGCACAUCCGGCUCCAGUGACUGCUGUCCAGUUCCAUCCUACGGAGCCAUGGCUUGUAUCUGGUGAUGAGGCCGGAUGGUGUUUCUGGUGGUCUAUCAGCCAGAGAAGACCCAUUGCUAUUUGGAAACCUCAUGAAAAAGCCAUUGUGACUGUGAAAUGGAUGUCUGACUGGGAAUCAGACCCCAAUUUCACGGAUCAGAAUGGGUCGCCAGCUGACCAACCAGCUGGUAAUAAUAGUAAUAGUACUAGUAGUGAUGCUGGUAGCGUGAAUAGUGGUACUGGAGAUAGUGAUUCUGGUGCUGCUGAUUUACCAGAAAGGAGUCGAAAUCCGAUAAGAAAUGAGGGUACGUCCAUUCUUCUGACGCAUGGUCGUGAUAACAAGAUCAAGAUAUUCCGUCUGAAUACUACUGAUCCAGCAAGUGAACGGUAUACCACUACAAUUCCAAUAGAUUGGAAGGGUAAGAAAAGCCCAAAUGGUAAUUCUAACCCAGAUGGUAGUAAUAGCUGGAAGACGCCAUGGAUGGUUCAUAGUCAGGAUGUGAACGCCAUGAACUUCUGUGCUGCCGCUGUAUGUGGUACUACAAUAGCAGUGCCUAAUACACUUGAUUCAGAGAAAAUCGAUAUUUACCAAUUGAGACCUGAAUUUUCAAGGCCGUUUUUUGCUAUUCAAGGGAAACCUGAUGAUACUGGUAAAAGCCAGAAAACGACAUCAUCUAAUCCGAGUUCUGCUGAACCUUUUGCCCAAGUUGGAGGUUUUGAUAAUUUAGGAGCUCCUGGAAUAGGGGAUGAGGUGUUUGGAGAUAAAAGAUCAAUUACUGGUACAGGUAUCUUAAUGGCAGUUAUUCUCACCAAAACACAUCUCAUAGCAGGUUAUGAGUCAGGUCAUGUCAUUGUGUUUGAUAUUACAACUUCUGGAUCACCUAAACAGGUGUAUGCCGACAAAUCUCACCAGCAUCCUGUACUAUCACUUGUGUAUAACAAAGUUGAUGACACAUUUCUGUCUUCGUCAGCCGAUUCACUAAUUAUCAAGCAUAGCAUUUCAUCUUCAGAGCCAUUGCAUGUUUUGAAUACCAAGCACGUUGGACUGACAUCUUUAGACCUGCGGUCAGAUGGUCGCAUUUUUGCUACUGCUGGCUGGGACGGGAUGGUCCGUAUUUAUACGUAUUCCAGCAUGAAGACCCUAGCAGCGUUUCGAGGUUCGGAAGGACGACUGACAGACAAAACGGGCAUCAACAGCGUGACAUUCAGUCCUGUUCAAGACAGCGAAGAUGAUUCUAGCAUACCUAAACCAAAUGAGUCUGCUGAGUCUGCUACUGUUACGACGUCAACCAGACAGGUAGCAGCAAACAGCCUGGCCAGAGCCCGCCAGCGACGAGCACGCCAGUCUCACUGGAUCGCUGUCGCGUCAAAAGACGGUCGUAUCAGACUGUCAGAUAUUUAUUAA